AUGAAGCCUGAUCUAGCCACGGUCUAUCGUUGGCAGAGUCAGGAAGCCUUCCAGAUAGAGCAGGCCCUGCACCUGCCCCAGGUCACACCCUUACCCCAUGGUGGCCUCCACGUCCAUACCCACGAGCAUCUCCUGUGGGGAAGGAUUCUGGAAGACAUAGGAGGAGACGCCAGCAUUUCGCCCUCCAGCACCUCCCGCGGGCUGUGGUCCGCUUCCGGCCUCACUCGAGCAGGCCCCGCCCUCCCAGAGGCCGUUUGUCCAAGUCACGUGAUCGUCGAAUCUGUUGACCUGGCGCCACCGGAAAAAGAAAUUCCCGGGCCCUGGCUUCUUGGCCUGAUGGGGAGAAGGCAGAGCUGGUGCUGUAUGAAGUUUGGCUGCAGAUCCUGGGCCAGCCCUACACCAAGGCCUUGGAGGACAAAACCAGCCUUGAGUUCUGGGCACUUCAGGGGCAACCGACAAGGCACUCCUAGCCUCGAAGCCUCCAGCCUGCUGGAUGCCUCCAUCCCCGGCUAUGCUGUGGCUCUCCUCAUUCUAGGCCUCCUGCUUGUCACAUUCACCCUUGUCCUGGUGCUAAAGUGGAGGGCAUGCCUUGGGGUGUCCAGCCUGGGUGUGUAGAAGCACACAGUGUGGUACAGAGGACCCUCUCCAGACAGGUGACCCCUCACGCUGCUGCUCCCUCUGCUGAAACCCAAACUGCAAACCUCUCCUCUCCCUGCCUUCACCUUGCCCCACGGCUUCCACAGACAGUGCCUCAACCCCGAGGAAUGAAUCCGAAGUUCCAACACCACUGACUUUCCCAGGAACUCAGAGCCAGAGAGGGCCAAGGACCAGCUCGAGGACACACAUCCAGGGCUUCUUCCCUUCGAAACCCCCAAGGACUGGACUUGCAGGACUGGGACAGAGGUGGGGUGGGGGAAAGCAAUGCCUUGUCAACCCAUGUGGGGAGCCCCACUCCCAUCCCCAAGGUGCAUAAAGUUGAGGAACACCCCUGC